AUGGCAACCGAAACGCGAUCGCUGAUGUGCUUGAACUGUCAGAGUCCAAUGAAAGUUGAUGUGAAGCUGAAGGGAACGAAGGAUAAAAAGGUAUGCGGUGCUUAAGU